GAGGGGCUUGGAGGACACUCACAGGAUGUUUGAAGAAGUAAACCUGGCCAAACUGAACCAUAAAAAGUUGAUAGUUGGUGUCUAGAUCAUCAACAUGAUCUGGAGAUUUCAUUCGGAUCCACUUUUGAAGCCUUUAAACAUCUGUUCUGUUUUGAUGAACCCCACAUAAGGCCACUCAGAAGAUUUCGAGGAUUUUUUAGGGGGGAAAAAAUGAAUGUAGGCGGGACUUCCAUGAAGAUCUGAGCCGGAUCGCCAGGCAUGGGCUGUACCUCAAGUCUACUACAGGCUGUGAAUUUUAUAAUGAGGAGAAACCAUUCACGCGUCUUUUCUGACCAGCAGAAACAACAUUUAUUGGAAAGCGCACCGCUGGAGGAGGGCAUGGUCAUCUGUGAACCGCACAGCACUGUCAUCAUGCAGGAGAAGCCCAAACUGAUAGACCCUCUGGACUAUGAAGCUGUGAUUUCUGAACUUGAAGCUGAAUUCAGAGAAGAUCCUCUUCAAGAUCUCCUGUUAUUCCCAGACCUUGACUUCACUGUAUCCACACUUCCUGUAGAAAGGAGAACAGUGAAGUCUACUGUCCCAGAGGGAGCUGACAAACAUGCCGAAUGUCUGCUGGUCAGACAGGCCUGCCAAUACUUCAACUCCCAGCUGCACGUUGUUCAGUAUAAAUAUGAAGAGUAUGCAGGGGACUACCGCAUGCUGCCCAGGAAGCUCUGUAAAGCAGAAAAGUUGCCUUCCCACUCUUUUGAGAUUGACCAUGAAGAUGCGGACAAAGAUGAGGACACAACAUCCUUGUCCUCAUCUAAAGGAGGCGGUGGAGGUGGUGCAGGCAGUGGAGGCGGAGGAGGAAUUGGUGUUUUUAAGUCCGGAUGGCUCUAUAAAGGCAACUUUAACAGCACAGUCAACAACAGCAUCACAGUUCGGUCUUUUAAGCGCCGAUAUUUUCAGCUGACUCAGCUCACUGACAACUCUUACAUCAUGAACUUCUACAAGGAUGAAAAAAUUUCCAAGGAACCCAAAGGCUGCAUUUUUCUGGACUCUUGCACCGGGGUGGUUCAGAAUAACCGACUGAGGAAACACGCGUUUGAGCUGAAAAUGAAUGAAGUGACAUAUUUUGUACUGGCUGCCGAGAAUGAGCAAGACAUGGACGAUUGGAUCAACACUUUAAAUCGCAUCCUGCAGAUCAGCCCUACAGACGGCCCAGUUCAGGAUCGCAAGAGUACGGAUAUGAGCGACACUAAGAGCGAGAUCAGUGAUAUAUCACAAAAUAACGCCCCAGUUCAUAAAAACGAAGAAACAUCUGAAAAUGAGAUCCACCCUGAACUAGCCAAGUAUAUUUCUGAGACAGAGGAAAGCUCGAGAGCUGUCAGAGCAGAAGAAAGACUGAACCUGUUCUCCCUGGACCCUGAUAUUCCUGUUUUAAAGAGUCCUAGGACAGAAACCGGGGAGUCUUCUUCUGUCCAGCCAUUUGAUGAGAAGCUUGGGAAGAGGCUGAUGAUCUGCUGUCGCUCACUGAAUCUCACUCUGCAGGGCUGCGUUAAUGAAGCGGACACCGAACCCACCACUAAUAUCGAGCCUUUCUUUGUGUCAGUUUGUCUGCUGGAUGUACGAGAGGGCAGGAAGGUUUCUGCUGACUUCCACGUGGACGUAAACCACGAGUUAGUGCGGCAGAUGCUUAGUACUGCUGGUAAUCCAGCAGAUCAAGGUUCUGAUGGAGGUAAUGGAGCUCCGCUGGAAAAUGGACUCACCGCUCCGGUAGAAAAGAAAUCAGAAGACUGUCAAUUAGGCCCGGACUUGGAAAAGUGGCUUUGCUUCCCCAAACAGGCAAUCUUUUCCAUUACGAACCCGCACACGGACAUUGUGAUGGUAGCACGAGUGGAGAAAGUUCUGAUGGGAAAUAUUUCCAGUGGCGCAGAGCCUUACAUCAAAAACACCGAUUCCAGCAAGACUGUACACAAGAUGCUGAAAUCCAAUAAGCAGUUUUGUAGCAAACUUGGCAAGUACCGAAUGCCUUUCGCCUGGUCUGUAAGGUCAGUGUUUAAGGACAACCAGGGCACAGUGGACAGGGAAUCUCGCUUCUCUCCUCUUUUCAAACAGGAAAGCAACAAGAUUUCCACUGAAGACCUCAUCAAGCUCAUCACCGAGUAUAGGAGGGCAGAGAAGGCCAGUAAACUUCAGACCAUCCCUGGAAACCUUGAAAUAAAUGUGGACUGUGUUCCCAUGGAAUGUCCCAAUUGUGUGACGUCCUCAUAUGUUGCCCUGAAGCCGUUUGAGGACUGCAGCCAACAUGCUCCUACAGUGGAAAUCGAUGAGUUUCUCCAGGAUUCGUCAAAGUUCGUUCAACCUUACAGAGUCUACAAGAACCACAUCUACAUUUACCCCAAACACCUCAAGUAUGACAGCCAGAAGAGUUUUGCUAAGGCUCGAAAUAUUGCUGUCUGUGUGGAGUUUCGAAGCUCUGAUGAAGAACAUGCCAAGCCUCUUAAGUGCAUCUAUGGAAAGCCGGGAGGCCCAGUUUUUACGACGACUGCCUGUACCACAGUUCUGCACCAUUCACAGAACCCAGACUUUUAUGAUGAGGUCAAGAUUGAGCUGCCCACACAUCUUCAUGAGAAACACCACAUACUCUUCUCCUUUUAUCAUGUGACCUGUGACAUCAAUGCCAAGACCAGCUCUAAGAAGAAAGAGGCUCUUGAAUUGCCAGUGGGUUAUGCAUGGCUGCCUCUUCUGAAGGAUGGACGCAUUUCCUCUCAGGACUUCAGCAUUCCUGUCUCCUGCACUUUGCCUGGUGGAUAUUUACACAUUAAAGAGCCUUCGUCCACUAAGAAUGGCUCCGAUGUGAAGUGGGUCGAUGGAGGGAAGCAGAUCUUCAAAUUGUCCACUUUGGUGCUUUCUACAGUUUAUACUCAGGAUCCCCAUCUAAACCGCUUCUUCCAGCAGUGCCAAAAACGAGAGGCAGAAAUCUCUCAACCUCCUACCUCAAACUUCCUCAACUGCCUUAAAGGGCUCCUGAGCAUGGAGAAGAUUCAUGCCAUAAUUCGCUUCCUUCCUGUUAUCUUCAACCAGCUCUUUAAAGUGCUUACGCAAAACGACUCUGAUGAAGUCACCACCAGCACCACCAGGGUCCUGAUCCACAUCUUAGCCAAGUGCCACGAGGAGAACCUGGACAACUAUUUGCACUCUUACAUAAAGUUUGUCUUUAAGACUGAAGCAUGCGGCUUCAGAACCAUUCAUGAAGAGCUGGCCAAGGGAAUGACCUCUGACCUGAAGAGCAAUGAACAGUCGGUCAUACGCAACGUCCUGAAAUUCUCGUGGUUCUUUCUAGAGAUCAUAGUGAAGUCAAUGGCUCAGCAUCUGUUGGACUCAAACAAGCUGAAGCUGCCGCGACCGCAGCGAUUUCCUGGCACUUUCCAAAGCCGCUUGGAGACGCUGAUCAUGACGAUGUCGGAUCAUAUUUACUGGAAGAACAAAGAGCUGGCGGAGGAGACGCGGAGUGCAAAUAUGGCCAUUGCGAUUUUUGUGAAGCGGUGCUUCACCUUGAUGGACAGAGGUUUCACCUUUAAACUGAUCAGCAACUACCUGAACAUGAUCACAGCCACUGACAAUAAGGCGCUGUGUGGGCUGAAGUUUGAGUUCAUAAGAGAAGUGUGUAACUAUGAGCACUUUGUCCCUUUGAGUCUUCCCAUCCCGUCUGCACGAAUCACAGACAAUGCAUCAACAGAAACCCAAAGUACAAAAGUGGACUUUCCAGAGUACAGUUUGACAGAGGAUUUCUGCAGGAAGCAUUUUCUGUCCGGAUUGUUGUUGCGAGAGCUGGGCCUCGCUUUACAAGAUGAGCAAGAUCUGAGGCACAUCGCGCUGGCCUGCCUGAAGAACCUGAUGGCCAAACACUCACUGGAUGCCCGAUACGCCACAAAGGAGAAACAGGCACGGAUAGCUUCUCUGUACCUGCCGCUUUAUGGCCUGAUCCUGGACAACAUGCCUCGUUUUUUCCUCCGAGAUCUGUUUCCAAUCUGCUUUACAGCGAGUGACCAGGGAUCCAGAGAUGAUCUCAGUGUUGGAGUAGGUUUAGCAGGUCAGGUGACCCAUGUUUUACGCCAUGGAAACUCAAUGGACGCGUCCUUCUCCAAGGAAGUGCUCAACUCCAUUACAGCCUUUUCCUCAUUGGCUGUAUCAACCGCUAAUCAUGCCGACUCCAGAGGUUCUCUGAUCAGCAUAGAGUCAAACCCCAGCAACAGUGACCGCAACAGUGAGAAGAUGGAUGCCUGUGAAAAGUUUGCCAGGCCUCAGUCUCUUAUUGGCUUUGGAUCACGCUUUGAUAAACUGGAUCAAGCUGAAACCAGAAGUCUGCUCAUGUGUUUCCUGCACAUUAUGAAGACCAUCUCAGAGGAGGUGAUGGUUUCAUACUGGCAUCGAGCGAUUCACCAGGAGAUCAGUGAUUUCUUCAAUAUUCUGGAAUUAUGUCUUCAGCACUUUCGUUUCCUUGGAAAGCGUCACAUUGCCAGGAAGCUAGCGGCCGCAGUUAAGCUGGCUCAGGCCACACAGAACAAUGGCACCCUGAAGGGCUCUAAUGUGUCCUACCAGUCUUCAGGGCUCCUACCCCAAUGGAUUCUGUCUGCACAGGACGGUCACAGACAUGCUCGCUCUCAGACCAUGCCUAUCAUCAGGGGGAAAAACGCCCUCACAAACCCCAAACUGCUGCAUAUGAUGGAGACAGAUGGAAAUGUUGCUGAAGGAGAAAACUUCAACCCUACAGACGUGGAGGCGAACCUCUCUACUGAAGUAGCACUGACCGUGUUGGAUGUUCUGGACCUGUUUGUUCGACAUCAUAAGAAACAGUUGCAGCACGAUGAAGGACAAAACUCUUUGAUGAAGAAAGUGUUCGACACGUACCUGCUGUUCUUCCAGAUCAACCAGUCCACCACCACCCUCAGACAUGUGUUCACAGCCCUGCGCCUCUUCAUGCAGAAGUUCCCGUCCACGUUUUUCCAGGGUAAAGCGGAUGUGUGUGGCAGUCUGUGUUACGAGAUCCUGAAGUGCUGUAACCAUCGCUCCAGCUCCACACAGACCGAAGCCGCGGCUCUGCUUUAUUUCCUCAUGAGGAGAAACUUUGAGUUCACAAAGGGCAAGUGCAUCGUCCGCUCACACCUGCAGGUGAUUAAAGCUGUGAGCCAGCUGAUCGCGGAUGCAGGGAUCGGCGGAUCACGCUUCCAGCAGUCCUUGGCCAUCAUCAAUAACUUCGCCAAUGGGGACACACCACUUAAAAACACCACAUUCCCAGCUGACGUAAAGGACCUGACCAAGAGGAUACGUACCGUCCUGAUGGCCACCUCCCAGAUGAAAGAGCACGAAAAGGACCCAGAAAUGCUGGUGGACCUUCAGUACAGUCUGGCCAACUCCUACGCCAGCACACCAGAACUCAGACGCACCUGGCUGGAAAGCAUGGCCAAAAUCCACGUCAGAAAUGGAGAUCUAUCUGAGGCAGCCAUGUGCUACAUCCACAUCUCAGCCCUCAUAGCAGAGUCUCUGAGGAGAAGAGGUUACUGGAAGUCUGAAAAGGGUCGGAUGUCAAGUGUGAGCAAAGAAGGAGCCUGUGUAAUUAACUGUAGCCCUUUACUAACUCCCCAAGAUGGAGAAACAUCUUUCAGUAUGGGUUGGGCGGCAUUCACAAAUAUCUCGCCUAAUGUUAAAGAAGAGGGAGCAAUGAAAGAAGAUGCUGGCACGCAGGACACUCCAUACACCGAGGACACACUGGUGGAGCAGUUGGAGAUGUGUGUGGAUUAUCUCUGGAAGUCUGAGAGAUAUGAGCUGAUUGCUGAGAUCAACAAACCUGUUAUAGCCGUCUUUGAGAAGAGAAGAGAUUUCAAGCGCCUAUCAGAGCUGUACUAUGACAUUCACCGCUCAUACCUAAAGGUGAACGAAGUCGUGAAUUCUGAGAAACGUCUAUUUGGGCGGUACUACCGAGUGGCUUUCUACGGACAGGGGUUUUUUGAGGAAGAGGAGAGUAAGGAGUUUAUCUACAAAGAGCCGAAACUCACAGGACUGUCCGAAAUUUCUCAGAGACUCCUCAAACUCUAUUCGGACAAGUUUGGAGCUGAUAACGUCAAAAUGAUCCAAGACUCCAACAAGGUGAAUCCGAAAGACUUGGACCCCAGAUUUGCCUACAUCCAGGUCACCUACGUUGUGCCUUAUUUUAGUGAGAAGGAACAGCUGGAGAAGAAAACCGACUUCGAGCGGCAUCACAACAUCGACCGCUUUGUGUUUGAGACGCCCUUCACUCUUUCUGGAAAAAAACAUGGAGACGUGGAGGAACAGUGUAAAAGGAAAACCAUCCUGACCACGAGCUCUAGUUUCCCUUUCUUAAAGAAGCGUAUAGAGGUGGUGGAGCAACAGAGCACCGAGAUGAACCCUAUUGAGGUGGCGAUAGACGAGAUGAGCCGAAAAGUGUCUGAACUCAAACAGCUGUGCAAUAUGGAGGAGGUGGACAUGAUCCGUCUGCAGCUCAAACUGCAGGGCAGCGUCAGCGUCAAGGUAAAUGCAGGACCCAUGGCCUACGCCCGAGCCUUCCUAGAGGAAAAAAAUGCCAAGAAAUACCCAGACAACCAGGUCAAACUCCUGAAAGAAAUCUUCAGACAGUUUGCAGAAGCGUGUGGACAGGCUCUGAGUGUGAACGAGCGGCUAAUAAAAGAGGAUCAGUUUGAGUAUCAGAGCGAGAUGAAAGCUCACUAUAAAGACAUGCUCACGGAGCUCUCCGCCAUUAUGAAUGAGCAGAUACCGUACACGAGACAACCAGGAACAGAGCGACACAGUGCCAUCUGAGCUGCUAGUGAGUUUGGGAAACUGCUCACAGACAUGUGUUUUUAUUCUGCCUAGGAGUAUCAGUAUAUGGACACAAAAGGAAAGUAUUGUAGUUUUGUGGAUGAAACAGAAAGACAGUGUAGUACUUGCGCACACACAAUAAGCUUGCCAAUAUCAUCUCAAGAAUUACAGGUACAUAGCAUCCAAUAUGCCUUUUUUAUAGACCUUCUUUUAAUAACAAAUCAAUAAAUAAAACAGUGACCUUAUUAACUUGAGCUGUGUUCAACUAAGCAAAUCCACAUACAGGGCUUUCACUUCAUCGUUUUUUACUGAUCUAUGAAUACUGUUAGGAUUAAGUUUCAUUCUGUCGUCUUAUAUAAUUGUGUUGAACACAUCUCUAGUCUCGGAGUGAAUGUAAAACCCGUCCUAACUUUCUUAAACUCCCAGCUCAUUCAUUACAAACAUAAAUGUUAAUUUUAUACAUUUUUUAAUGAUUGUUUUCCUUCUGCUUCAUGUACUGUUGUAAAUUGUAAAUAAGAUUCAAAUUUUAAAUGUUCCUUUUUAUAUAUUAAAAGA